CUUAAGGUAAGUGGUCCGUAACUAAAGGAGACCUGUGUGACUGAGAGUGAAGAAGAAGAUAGAAUGCAGACUCACCUUCUGGUGGGUCCCACCCCAAUCAAAAGCUGCCGUCGAUUCUCAUCUGCUUUCUCCGGCGACCUCCUCCCUCCUUCCUUGAGUUCGUUCGGUCGAGACCUACACCACCACCGUCGAAGGCACCACCGCGACGGCAGAUCUCGGUGCCAGCGCAGUCGGGGAAGGAAGACGACUGUUAUAUCUGCUGCCGCGGCGUCUUCUUGGUCUUCUUCGGCUUAUAAUAGGGGCGAGCAGAAUCACUACGUCGUUUUGGGAAUCGCUCGCAACGCCACGCAAGCUGACGUCAAGAGAGCUUACCGCUUGCUCGCUCGAAAGUUUCAUCCUGAUGUAAACAAGGACCCUAAAGCCGGAGAGCGAUUCAAGAGCAUUCGUUGUUCCUACGAAGUUCUAUCUAAUGAAGCUACAAGGACUCAGUACGACAGAGCACUUAAACAUCAGGAAAAUGUAAGGUUCUCUAGAGUGAAAAGGCAUUACUACAACACCCCUGACUCUGAGAUUGAAGAUGCCAUGAAGUAUUGUUACAACUGGUCUGAGAAAAGACGCUAUUCUUCUACAUAUCCAAACUCACACUUCUAUAGCGAAACCGUUAGUGAGCCACAAGAAGAAGAAACAGCACAACAACAACAACAACAGAGAGAUUCUUUCGCCACAGUUCUCAGAUCUGUCUUCAUCUCCAUGUUUCUUCUAUAUACUCUCGGGUACCUAGCAUCUCUCACGGUUAGCACAUUCACAGCUUUGAUCGACAAUGAGCUAGACAUGGGUUACAAAUCCGGGUUUAUGAUAGCUUGGAUACUCGGUGGAAAAGGAGGUAUCCUUCUCACUCUCUGCCUGACAUUUGCAAGCUGGCUAUGUGGGAAAGCAAGCAGCAGUGUUGUGGUUCUUGGGGUGGUUGCGAUGUGGGUUGGGUCUAAUUUAGCAAGACAUGCUCCUCUUCCACAAGGAGCUCUCCUCACACUACUCUACAUGUCAAUCAAGCUUCAAGUCGACACAAGGUGAAUCUUUACCUUACGAAAGGUUUAAUCUCAAAGUUAGGGUGUAAAUAAUUUAGAAUGCACAUUGUCUCAUCAAGUUGUAUAACUUCUCUAUUGCAAUUUCUCGUAUGAUGGAGAAUGUGUCUCCUAUGAUUUGUAGUUUUGCUUUUUGGGUGUCGAGAAAAUUGAAUAGUAAAGAGAAGAAAUUACAAACUCCAAUUUUUUCUUUUAUUGUUUUAGUGUGGUUUACAGAUAACAAACAAAAAUUAAUCAAAAUUCAACUGAUGAAUUAUAACAAAGGGUCUAUGUAUUAUCAAUCUGCACAAAGAAGAGAUCAAAAAGAUGACAUCUUUAAACUUAAUCCUUUUCUUCAUUGACUCUUCUCUCUCAUCUCGUUGAGAUUCCUCCAAAGGUAUUUGCCGCUGGCCAUGUCGACGAACACCCAGAACCCAUUCUCCAUCUUCUGCUCAUCGAAAAAAGAGAAUAAAAAUAAAAAUUGAAAACCAGAAUUCAACAAAUUAACGAAAAGUGACGAAUUUUAUGAUGAUUACCUUUUUGAAAUUGAGUCCUUGUUUAUCAUUCAAUUCGACAGGUGAGUCGUCGUUGUCGUCUCCGAUGAGUUCCGGCGAAGAACUCACCGUCUUCCACGCGAAAUAACCGGCGAGAAUCGCCGAGAAGAACACCAAUAGGAAUCUCAACGGACACAUAUUAAAACAAGGAAAGAAGAAGAAGAAGAAGAAAUUGGGUUUGAUGAAGAAUGUGACGAAGAAGAAGAAAGAAGGGAGAAUCUAGGGUUCGUGAAAAGGGGGAAAGAGAGAUUUAAGGGGCG